GCACUUCACCAAUCAGAACGAUUAUGAUUCCUGCGCAGAAUGGAUCAACGUUAUUUUCUGUCUGUGAUAUUUUUGCUCAGCGGUACCUUCAAUGUUCUGGUGGUAAAAUGGGCCAACGAACAUCAGUUUAUUGGCAGCGAUGGAAAGCAUCACAGAUUUCAGCAUCCGGUGGUUUUCACCCUGCUCAUGUUCCUGGGCGAGUUCCUGUGUUUCGGGAUCAUCAAGGUGAUCCGAAUGAUCUCCAGGGUACGUGAUACUAUCACCGACCUGGAUAGCAGCUCAGAGGACAGCGACAUCGCCGAGUUUUGCCCAUUGACCAUGAUCCUGCCCACCUUACUGGAUGCAGUGGCCUCCAUUCUGCUCUUUUCCGGACUACAUUUGACCUACGCCUCCAGCUUUCAAAUGAUAAGGGGCUCCGCAACGAUAUUUACGGGAAUCUUUAGUAGUAUGUUCCUGAACCAUCCUCUAAUCUGUCGCCACUGGCUGGCCAUCUCCACCAUAUCGCUUGCCCUUGUGGGCAUCAUCUAUGCGGAUAUUCAGAGCGUAAGAGACGACAAUAAUACGUUGCCGUGCAAGGACUACAAAUCCAUUCUAACUUGCGACCUACUCAUCAUCAUAGCCGAGAUUCUGCACGGUUUGCAGUAUGUUUGCGAGGAAAAGCAGCUCAAGACCUCCAAUGUGACUCCAUUGCAGGCUGCUGGAUGGCAGGGAAUCUUUGGACUGGUCAUCACCUCACUGCUAGCCAUUGGUAUGCACUUCCUGCCCAGCAUUCGUCCGUUUAACGACAGUUCCCGCGGUGUCUUCGACGAUUGGAGUGAUCUUUAUAGCGCUCUAAAGGGAAAUCCGUAUUUGAUUUUGGCUCUGAUUGGCUUUACUAUCUCAUGUGCCCCUUACAACUCCAUUGGUCUGUUCAUCACGAUGGACUCUACCAGCACCAAUCGACUUCUUGUUGAUGCCGUGCGUAUACUCUUUAUCUGGAUGUUUGUCUGGAACAAGGACUACGUAAAUCUGGCCAUGAUCAUAGGCUUCGUCGUUCUGAUAAUGGGCAUCAAACUUUAUAGUCGCCCCUUAUUCCUGGACUGGUAUCAAGCUGCAAUGGCCUUCAGGCGACGUUUUUAUUACGAGGACUUGACUGCGGAGGAUGCAGUUGCUCCUGAUAGUCGACCAGAACCAGAGGAAACUGAAUCCUAA